AUGAAAUCUCGUCACAGAAGCAUCGCAACCUCAGAAAAUAGAGAUUUCGACAACGAUUCUGCGUCGUCGUCCGAAUCUUCGAAAACCGAUGUUUCUAAUUCAUAUGAAGAUGGAAUCUGCGAGUCGGAUUCGUCAUCAGAUCCCAGUGAUUACCCCUCGUAUCCACCCAGAAUCUCAGGAGGAUGUAUAAUCUCAGAAAGGCCAAUUUUCCUAAGAAACUCAAUCCUAUGCGUAAUAAAUAAUCGCAAAUGUACAUUAUAUAGCUCAAAAGAUGCCAGAAGGCUGUGCGAUACUCGUAUGAGUCCGGAAAUGAUUGUCGGAUCAAGAUCAUUCAUAUAUGAGAAUGAGUAUGAAAUAUUGCUGUGUGCAUCGUCAAACGGAAGUGUAUUGAUAUACAACGUGCCAAAUUACACAUAUAAGCUGAAUUAUCACGAAGAGGACCCGGAAAGAAGAGAGUUGGACCUAAUAGUGGAAUUGAAAAUAGAAUGUAGAAAUCUGUUGUCAAUAGAAGUGAAUAAGGAGUCAGGAAAAAUGAUAUGUGUGAUAAUAACAAACCAGUUAAAAACGGAAGUUAUUCUAUUGGAUUUGAAUUUCGAAAAUAUUCUAUUUACAGAUGACUAUGAAAACGAAGAAGAAGAUAAUAGUAAGGAUAAUAACAGGAGUGAAAAUGAGGUUAUUAAGAAAUAUAAAAUAAUAGCAUCGUUAGAAUCUAAUUUGGAAGUAUUCGAAGUGGAUAGGUCAUUCAGUAGAGUAGCAUUGGGAGUAAAUAAGUCAUGUCUGUAUAUAGACCUGAAAACAGAGCAAAAGUACUAUUUCGAAAACGAUAACGUAAUCACGUGUAUAGGAUUCGAUAGUAGAGGGUCGAUGGCACUGGGAGAUGCGUCAGGGCAAAUAAUAAUAAUAUCGGCGCUGGACAGGAGCUGUUUCGGAAACACAAAUUAUAUGUCAACAGUGAGUUAUGCAGUCUUGGGGUGUAAAAUUAGUUGCAACGCAAACAUGAAGAGUCUGUCAAGCAACCUUAACGCAAUUAAGAAAAACAGUAAAGGAAACAAUCAAGGAAAAGGAGAAGAGGAAGGAGAGUAUAUACUGGGGAAGGUGGAAACGAAGAGACUGCACUGGCACGCGCACGGAGUAAACUGCAUAGCCUACAACGAAAAAAACGCUAACAUGUUGCUCUCAGGAGGAGAGGAGGGAGUAGUGGUGGUGUGGGACCUGGUGAACCACUCGAAGAAGUUUGUGACGAGGCUGGGCGCACCGAUAUUCCACGUAGCGAUGGCAGAAGACCACACGAUAAUGGCGUCACUGCAGAACAACGCAAUCACGCUGAUAGACGCAACGUCACUGUCAAUAAGAGGCAAGGUGUCGUCAAUAAUGGUGGACAUGCCACUGUGUGAGAGGUGUGACCAGGAGAGAAGAGUAAUAGAGUAUUACCCAAACAGCUGGAUGAAGGAACCAGUGGAAAAAAGGAAAGGUGAAUCUGUGAGUGAAGGAACAAAUAAGUUGCAAGUGUACGACUACGUUCAGGACUGCGAGACGAAGCUGAUAGACGUAACGAACGUGAACUACGUGUCGAGGCAGGACGAGGAGGCAGGACAGCACUACCACAUCACGAACUCACAAGAGUACACAUUACACACAAAUAUAAAUAGCCCGCACAGUAAAAGAGUAACAUCGCUGAAACAAUUAAACCACAAGAAUAAGUUUUUGAGUACAUCAUUGGAUGGGAAGUUGAAUGUGUAUUCACUAGUAAAGUCGAGAGAAGUGUGGAUAAUAGAACACGUGCUAAAUUACAAGGAGUUGCCAAUACACUCAAUGUCAAUAAACGAAAAUAACAUGGUGCUACUGAGACACGAUUGCGCAAUGUCACUAUGGAAGUAUUUUGAAUCGUACGAAAAGGGGUUGAUGAACAUAAAGGCAAUGGCACUUAAUAUGGCACAAGACGUGUUCUACGUAGAGUAUGUUGACGAUGAGUCGAUACUACUGAGUACGAGAAAGAAAGUAGAAAUAUAUAACCUUAAGAAUAGUGAGAAGAGUCGACUGCUUGAAACAGGAGAUAAUGAAGAAGUUAAUUCAGUGUUGGUGAAGUAUAGUUUGGUAGCAGUUAACAUAAGAAGACGCCUGGAGAAUGUAAAUUAUAUGGAUUACAUGGAAAUAUAUGAUGUAAAGAAGAAAUUGAAAAUAUACUCGAAGGUUAUAAAGGGACUUAACAGUAAAUUUGAUAUAAAGAUAUUGCCAUAUCCGCUGCAAACAAUGAGAACGAAAACAGAAAAAAAAAAUAAAGAAAGCAUUAGUAAGCCUUUGUUUAGAAGCAGUGAAGUGUAUUAUCACGUGUUGCUAAUAAACGGAAACACACAUGAUAUAGAAGUAAUGCCAAUAAUAAAAGAAAAUGAAAAUUAUAGAAUAGAUAAUAAUUAUGAAGAAGAAAGAGUAGAAGAAAGGAAAAGUGGAAGAGCAGGAUGUAAAAGAAUAAGAAGGGAAGAAAGCCAUGUGAAUCAACUGGGACUGUUCAUACAAAAUAUGUUAACCAGAAGUAAGGAGAGCGGAAACAAGAACAGAAAGGGAAAAUAUAACCUGUGUAACAAGUACUACAGACUAAGCAGCUACAAGUGUAAAAGAAUAGACGUAGAGAAGAUAAGCGAGUUGUACAACAAUGCGGAAGCGAUGCCGAGACCAACCGUGCUACUGGACCACAUAAUCAAUAAUUUACUUGAGCGUGCCAGUAUUGUGGUGAAAAGGGUGAUGUGUGUUGAAAGGGAAGAUGAGAUUGGUGGAAUCUCACAACCACAUAUUCUGAUGUGGUCGCUGGAUGAAGCGGAAACCUGA